AAUUCCGCUAGUUGUGUCUCCCGUGUCCGUUUCCGGGUGUGCGAAGGUGGAGUGAACAGAAAGGGCAAUUUGGUAAAGAGAAAAUAAUAUAGCAAGUGGGGUGGAAGAGAGGGAGUAGUACUAGAAGUAGAAGUAUGAUAUGAUAUUGCUAUCACCGUAUCACAUUGGUGACCAAUAUAUUAGGAGAGGAGUUUCGAUUCGAUCAAGCCACGCACGCGCAAAGACGCAUCUUUCCAUUCCAUUCCAUUCCGAUGCGAUGACGAGCCUCUCCCUUGACUGGCACCAUGAAUCCUACCCCGCCUAUCACGAUUUCUACCUUCUCCCCCUCUUCGCUCUCUUCUUCCCCUCCGUGCGCUUCUUCCUCGACCGCUUCCUAUUCGAGAAACUCGCUAGGCGCUUGAUUUUCGGAAAGGGGCACGAGGCGCUGGACUACCACACCAACGAGAGGAGAAAGAAGAUUAGGAAAUUCAAGGAAUCGGCGUGGAAAUGCGUUUAUUAUCUCUCCGCCGAGGUUCUUGCUCUCUCUGUCACGUAUGAUGAACCGUGGUUUACUAAUACCAGAAACUUUUGGGUGGGGCCAGGGUCUCAGGUCUGGCCAGAUCAAAAGACCAAGUUGAAAUUGAAGGCGGUGUAUAUGUACGCUGCUGGAUUUUACUCGUACUCCAUUUUUGCUUUGAUUUUUUGGGAAACCAGGCGCUCCGAUUUUGGGGUGUCCAUGAGUCAUCAUGUUGCUACUGUGAUUCUCAUUGUGUUGUCUUACAUUUUUAGGUUUGCUCGUGUUGGAUCAGUUGUUUUGGCUCUUCAUGAUGCUAGCGAUGUGUUUCUGGAGAUAGGGAAAAUGUCCAAAUACAGUGGUGCCGAAACAUUGGCUAGCUUUGCGUUUAUUCUAUUUGUUUUAUCGUGGAUCAUAUUGCGCCUCGUUUACUACCCGUUCUGGAUUCUGUGGAGUACAAGCUAUGAAGUUCUGCUCACCUUGGAUAAGGAAAAGCACCGAGUGGAUGGUCCAAUAUAUUAUUAUGUGUUCAAUAGUCUUCUAUAUUGCUUGCUUGUUAUGCAUAUUUAUUGGUGGGUGUUGAUAUUUCGGAUGCUUGUUAAACAAAUCCAAGCAAGAGGAAAAGUUAGUGAAGAUGUUCGAUCUGAUUCAGAAGAUGAAGAUGGACAUGAAGAUUGAGUAGGGAAGCAAAAGCAUAAUGUAAUAUUUAGGCAAAGAUGAAUUCGUUAGCUUCAAUCGGAUUCUGUGCCUUUGGCCACAAUGCUAAUAUUUUCUUAUUCAAAUUGAGAGGAUUGUAUUUAUUCGGAUUUGAGUAGACUACGGAGCUGAUAUAAAAGGGCGACAGAUGGAGAGAAUUUUGAUUCUUCUGAACUAUGUGUCUAUGCUGCACCUACCGAGGUUUAGGCUUACUGCCUGACAUUUUGUUAAGAUAUUUUACUUUCCUGAUUAUUUGUCCCUUGUUCAAAUUACAAGUACUGUCGAUUAAUAUUUUCUGCCACAAAUGUUAUCCUUUGUUUUCAUUUAUUGGAGAAGAAAUUUGUUGGACUUUGAUCAUCCACAAUGGUGGUUGUUUAAAGAUGUAUUUUAUUUUACUUAAUUGAAUCUCACAUUGUUAUAUUAUAUUUAA